AUGACCAGCCAGGAAGAGGCAGAGAGGGUUAUUCGGGAGCUCACUGGCGAAUACAAGCUGGACGAAAACGUAUAUGAGAGUGGCAGAAAGUUCUUGCGCGAGCUGCUUCUAUAUAUCGACGCGAAGAAUUUCACGAAAGCUAAAAAGCACAAAGAAUAUCCAUACGUGUCUUUCAAAAUUCACUCUAGUCAUAUUGAAGUUGAGUUCAACGACGACGGUCUUACAAGCAGAGAUCUACAACAAAUUUGUCUGCCUUCCAGCACUGAGGAUGAAAGCCCUGGCGAAGAUGGUCUCAGCUCGGUCUUAAGGUCUACAGCCAAGAUUUAUCUUCAGUCAGGCAACUUCUCCUUUGACUUGCGUCUCUCAUCGAGUCAGGGUAAAAUAAAACCAAUUUGGGUCUCGCCACCUGCCCCAAUACCCGAUUCACUAACGCGCAUGGUUGUCUAUUUUCACGACUAUGGCACCGAAGACCAUCUGGAACGCCUAAAGAGCGUUAUUCUAGCACAAUUUGAAAGCUUAACCGCCGAAAGCCUACUGUUUCUUAGAGCCCUUCGGCGCAUAACUGUUGAGUUCUACCGCAAGGGCGGUGAGCUCCGUCAAUCCAAGCGAUUCUGCAAGCAUUCGAUGAAAGACAACCGCGAACUACUCAGAACGACAAUCGGUAAUCACGAUGAAGAGGAGGGAGAAGGUCAAGUGUUCUGUGUGACGGAGCGGGGAGCUUGGGGUCGACGAAAUGUCAAAUUAGCGUUCCCACUGACCGAGAGUGGCAAACCAUUAAUCGACACAAAAGAAAAGGGGAUAUUCAACAUCUUGCCCAUCAGCAAAUCAAAAUAUAACUUUUUGAUAGACGCCGACCUUGAGUUCGACAAUCAUCAAAAGCUUAAGCCGAACUCAAAGAAAAAUCAAGAAAUUCGCAUUUGGAUCGCAGCGGCUUUCUUGCAAGCCAUUACCAUGUUUCUCACUCGUGCCAGUCUUCGUUAUGAAUGGCCAUUAUUCCUCCCUCACAUUACUCACAAGACACCCCUCAGCCUAGAAAUCCGGUUCAUGGCCCAGAAAAACCUUUUGGUGCAGGUGUAUAAUCAGUCGGCAUUGCGAUGCAUGGAUGAGAUAACAAUUCUACCUGACCAUUUGAAAGACGAGAACGGGCAACCGCUGCUAGAACCUUUUGCAAACGACAUGCUCUUGUCAACAGACUAUCCUCCUCGCGUGGUGGAGAUCUUUAAGGAGCACGGUGCAAAGACCAUGCAGGAUGAGAUUUUCUGGGGACACCUGGAGUAUAAUAUGAGGUUGAAGAGUCCUAAGAUGCAUCGGAAAUACACUACUGAGGAGUGGCAUGCACGAAUGGCACGAUUUCUUCUCCAGUUCUCGGAAACGUCAACAUUAAAUGCUUCGAGGGUUAAGUCCCUUGCAAUUGUGCCUCUGAGAGAUGGGACAUGGACGUCUAUGCUAUCUGGCGCGGUCUAUUUUCCACGUGCGGGAGACAAUUCCAUCCCGGACACCAAAUAUUUGAGGAUGGUAGCACCGCCCGCUACUCAACAUCCAGAUCGGUAUGCUUUAUUCAAAUACCUUGGGGUUGCUGAGCCCUCCCUCAACAUUGCCAGGGAGUCAGUUCGCGAAAGCCUGAUCGCAUCGGAGACUCUCCCGCUUAAACUUGUCAACGACUAUCUACAAUAUCUCUACCUCACGCAUGAAGCCAGCGACUGGACGCGGUAUGACUACAAAGAAGUUAAGGUUCUAACAACAGACUCAACUUUUGAAAGGCCACAAUAUAACGUCAAGACAAUUUACCUACCAGGCAAGGAUCACCCGUUCAGUGCUGAAAGCCUUCUGGGGCCUGUGAACUCCUCUUCUCCUUGCUUGUUCUUACAUCCUGAUACUUUGAGCAACGUGCCUACUCAGGGCAACUCUUCACGCAUAAGUUGGAAAAGGUGGCUUUGCGACUACGUCGGCUUAAGGGAAGACAUCUGCUUAGAGUCAGAGGAGACAGGAAAACUAUCGUCUGAUUUCCUUCAUAUCAUAAGUCAAAGUCCAGACAAGCUUCUGGACCUGCUUGAAUAUCUUCUGUCUAAAAGUGAGGUGGAGUUAUCAAGCGAGUCUACCAUCAUGUCCGAGAUUCGACAACUGUCUGCAAGCAACCUUUGCGUGGUUGAAUUCACGAUUAAGCUUCAAGAUACUUGGCUUCCCCUCAAAGCUCUCACCGAUAUAGUUGAGUCCUACAUGGAACAACCCGAACAGUUCCCUUUUCUGAGAUACAUUCAAGACGAUACUGGAGGCAUCGGCACACAGUGGAACUUUCUAUCUGAGAAUCUUCUCAUUGGUAAGGAAGAUAAUCUCGACUUUCGUCUUGAGAUCUUGCGUUCAAUCCGUCGCUCAGAUCCUCCAAAGAAUCCCAGUCGCCAACUCCAAAAGGUUCUGGAUUUAUACGCUUCCAUAUAUACCAAGUUCACUGCUUCCGGAUUAAGGACUGCUGACAGAGAGAAGCUCAGAAACUUCUUCAAUGAGUCCGGUGUGGCCUACUUGAAUGGAGAAGAACUUGAGUGGACGAGCUCUUCGUCUUGUAUAUGGGACGCACCACCAGACAUGGUCACGAUGCGCUGUCUCAAGUCCUGUUACAACCUACAAGGCUCGAACAUUGAAGUUAAAAGCGCCCUACAGAACCUUUUUUUUGAAACUCUUGGCAUACAGAAUGCUCAACUUGAACAUUUGGUCGCAGAGUUGAAUGAGUUGCGCAUCAGAAAUGACGAGGAUCCUGCAGGGAUUCUCCAGAUAUACGACUUCAUGAACACGAAGAUUCCUUCAUCUCAUGAUAUUAGGACUUUAUUUGAGAGCUCACCGCUUAUCUUCAUCUCCGACGGCCAAUAUAUAGGCUGGCACACCUCUACUGAAGUCCUAUGGUCUAGCAACACGGACCUGUGCGGUAUGGGAACCCUGGACGAUACAUAUGAAUCACUUCGUGGUUUCUUCGUUCAAAAGCUUGGCAUUCAGUCAUUAUCGCUACGAAUACUUUACGACCGCUUGAUCAAGUCUCCUAAGUGCGAGCCACAGCAGAUGAAAGAGGCCAUUUUCAUCUUGAAUGACUUCCUACGACGCGAGCCAGUGUUCCUGGAUCCGCAACCUGUCAGAAAUGCCGAAAUAUUCCCUGUCAGAGAUCCCGAUGAGGGGAUCUCCCUGAGAUCUGCAGAAAAAGACUUUGCCAUCGGAGAUAAUGACAAUUUGAGGAUCAUUUUCGAAAAACAUAUCAGUCUCCUUGACUUCAACCUUCAGGAAUUCUAUCGCCUAAAGCCUUUCUUUGAAUGGCUAAAACUUGAAAGUCGCUAUUUUCGCUAUUUGUCUAGAUGUGUCCGAGAGGACGUGACGGUCGUUGCUACAGAGAGAGGUCUCUUCAAAGCACCUGCAGCUCCAAUACCCUUUAAGAAGCGAAACUUGAAAGCCAUGGCCCGCUAUAUUACUCGGGUUGCGGCGAGUUUCGAUAGCCCGUACUGUCGCUCUAGGAUCAAAGCCUUGCACAAGCAUCUAUGCGAGAUUGAAUGUGUACAAGUAUGGAGGAUAAAUACCUUCUUCAUUCUACAACAGAAUGGCGAGACCUUUGUAUCAGAGAGUCAGAUAUCUAAGGCACAUAUUGCAGAACCUGAUGGGAGACUCACGAUCUAUGUUCCCAUGGAUCUCGUAUCACAGGAAGUCUGUUUCGGCUCAGUAUUGCCCAGAAAGCUCGCAAUAUGGAUCAUGCAGGAUCCGGAAAGUAGCAGCCGACCUCACGUUGACAUCGAGAUGGUUAAUGCACUGACUGCCAUCUUGGCCAGCGAGACGACAUCUCUCGACGAGAUCCUUGAUGAACUAGGUAUUGCCAGAAUUUCGUAUGAUGGCCUCAGCGACGAUGGAGAUGAAGCUACGAGACAGAGGAUAUCAUUCAAAAAUGUCGUUGUACGGCCCCGAAAGGCAGACUCGCUGUCGUUUAGUGUCCCCGUCAGCAACUCAAGCGAAAGUGUAUCUUUGAAGACGGUUGAACAUACCGAACCCAACGCUGUGACUGGGUGA